CCAACAGUGACGCUUUAGACAUCUAUAGACCUUCCAAUAACCACAAAGGAUGUCCUCCAUACUCCCAUUCACAGAGGCCAACUCCAAGAGAGUUGCUGGCCUUUUCAGACAAGCUUUGAGAACUUGUUUCGACCACUCGGUGAAGUUUGAAGUCUACCGUGCUGAACUGUUGAAGAUUAAGAAGCAAUUUGUAGCUAACCAAAAGAUUGAAGAUCCAGAAACCUUGGAAAAGGUGAUCCGUGCUACCGAAGCCAAGCUUGCUGAAUGGAAGCAUCCAGACCCAUACAUUCCUCCAUGUAGACCAGGUGGUACCAAGUACCAAAGAAACGUUGUUCUUCCAAAGGAAGAAAUUGUUCCUGGUGACUGGUAAUCUGCUCACUUCCCACUGCUUGCAGGGGGUUGUUGCUGUGAUUUGCUACUGUUCACAGCGUUUGGGGGAAUAUCCCCAGAGGCACCCGGUGGCUGGCUGGUGCCGUCGUACAAUACUAGUCAAACUCGCAUGGUAUGUAUAUAGUAAAUACAUUGACCCGUUAGAAA